AUGGGCAGUAUAGAUGUCGACAUGGGCGGUGUCGGACCCGAAAGACCAGAAAGACCAUCACUUCCAUAUGGCGUUCCAUAUCCACCAGAAUUGGAUUUAUUCCAAACUUUACGAGAUCCGGCCAAUAAUAAUGCUGAAACUACGGAGCGUUUGAACUGGGAUAGAGACGCGACAUAUUACGGCGCGCGAGACGACCCCCUGGGAGAGGGUUUUGAGGUCCGGAUUCUCAAUUUCAAUGAUCCAACAGGAGAAUUGAAGUGGUUUCCAGACGAUUGGGAUCCCCAAUACAGACUGGGGCCUCCGAACCCCUCAAUAAAAUGGAAUGAUCCGAUUUCAAAAUGGGGAUUGCAACUCCUGGACAAAGCUGGAUUCAUCAACUUCAAUCUGGACAUCGCCAGCGCAUAUAUGGAACCUAUUGGUCGUUUUGCCGCCAAAAGGAAUCCCGCGAAUCGGGAGGACUAUCGUAUACAUCCGGUCUUCAGACAGGAUUGCUGGCAAGUAAUCACUGAUGAGGAGUACGACAUGAUCAAGCCAGCUCUCCUCCUAGCAAGUGCAAUGCUCGAUGAGCCUAGUACACUUUGUCUUUUCCAUGCCAUGUCAGCUCAGUCGAGUGAGAUGAUCACCUUUGAGGAUCCGGUUUUGAAGACGUGCAGGAGACUUCGAGUUCCCGAAACUUUGACGGAAGUCGAACAGUUGAUAACCUUCCGCAAGAUCAGUUCUAUGCGGGAGUACACCAGCUUUUUCUGGGAUUCUGGUGAUACAAUACUGCGAGCUAGAGGCCUACUCGCAUGCACUAUACCUCUUCUGCAGGACGACGGCAAGUUCAUCCCUGCCGGACUUCCGUAA